AGCGCCCUCUAGCGGUUACCACGGCAACAGCCAAGCCGGAAGUAGACCUGCUGGAUCGAUACACGUGUAAAAUGCAGUAUAUCUAAAGAAAGAAAACACCUCAGAUGAUAUUAUCACUCAUAAACAAACUGUGAAAUCUGGAGAAAGAGAGAAGAUGUUCGGCUCUUCGAGGUCAGGAGGAGUGAGAGGAGGACAGGACCAGUUUAACUGGGACGAUGUGAAAGUAGACAAACACAGAGAGAACUAUCUGGGGAACUCUCUGAUGGCUCCAGUGGGACGCUGGCAGAAGGGAAGGGACCUGACGUGGUUUAAUAAAGACAAACAGAGCUCAGGGACGAGAGACAGAGAGCAGGAGCUCCGAGCGGUGAGAGAGGCCGAGCACAACGCCAUGAUGGUCGCACUGGGUCAUAAAACCGCUCAGAAGCGGCCGGCCGGUCUAACGAAGGAGGAUUUGGUAGAUGUGUGCAGAAGAGAGGGAGACGGGGACGAACGAGACGUGGACCGAGUCUCCGGACUGGGAAGCUCCAGUGGUGGAGGUCGGAGGAUGAUUUUGUCCAAACAGGAGAAGGAAGCGGUGAAAAUGGGUCUCCCGGUGUUUACUCAUCAUAAGGUGGCCGGAGGUGAAGCCGCAGCUGCCAAGGAAACUGAGGACACGGGGAUAGAAGAAGAGAGUAAAAGUGACAGAAAUGACGACCACAAGAAAAGUAAAAAGGAGAAGAAAAGCAAAAAGGAGAAGAAGAAGAAGAAAGAGAAGAAGAAGCGGCGUAGGAAAGAGUCGUCUUCUGACUCUGACUCCGACUCGGAUGCUGACCGUAAAAGACGUAAGCAGCCCCCCAGAGACCACCAACGUGGUUCUAGUCCAUCACAUGGCAGUCAGAGGCGAUACGAUGCUCACGACAGGCGUUCAGAUCGGGGGUCAAAGGUCAGGCAUCGAAGCCCCUCCCCUUCUCCCAGGGACCGCCCACCCCGCCGUCGCCACGACACCGACUCAGACGACUGAUAUCCAAGUGAAACAGCGGAUCCUCAGAUUCAUCAGUUUAUUCAUUAAGAUAAAAUGUGUGUGUGUGUAUGAGGAUUGUUAUUUUGUAUGCAAUUUAAGGUGUUCAAUUUUAUCUUUUUAAUUAAGGUGAAGCUUUAUGUUUCCUCUAAAUGUUGUUCUAAAGCAGUUAGUGUGUGUGUGUGUGUGUGUGUGUGUUUGGGACACAGCCACCGGAUUGUUUGUGAAAACCCACAUGAAUAAACUGAGAUUUUUUUUUUUUUGCAUAAAA